AUGCUGAACAGCGUGUUUGGGUGGGUCAUGAUUGGUCCCACCUCUCCUCAGAAUCCUGCAUCUCCGACCGAUUGCACCGCCGCGUCCACAAUCGUCUGCAUGGCAUCCCUGGAGGAGUCUCUCGAACGCUUUUGGAAGCUGGAAGAGUUAAGCGUCAAUGAUUCGUACUCACCUGAUGAGCGGCGAUGCGAAACAUUGUAUAAAGAAACCACUCAGCGCGACGAGUCGGGUCGCUAUAUUGUACGAUUGCCCAAACAGACCGACUUCACGGAAAAGCUUGGCCUGUCUAAAACUACCGCUUUGAGACGCUUCGAGCUGCUGGAGAGGAGGCUAGAACGCAACCCACAGCUCAAGGAAGACUAUCAUGCCUUCAUGAAGGAGUAUUUGGAGCUGGGGCACAUGUCGCUCAUGAACAAAGAUAGUGGGGAUGAACGGGCGUACUACCUACCGCACCAUCCCGUAUUUAAAGCCUCCAGUACCACCACGAAAGACGAGCUGCUUGAUAUUGUGUUGCGAUUCCGCACCUACCAAAUAGCACUUGUGGGAGAUAUAGCUAAAAUGUACCGACAAAUAUUGCUGCAUUCUGAUGAUCGUCGAUUGGUGCGCAUAUUCUUUCGAUUUUCGCCGCAAGCUCCGAUCCAAGUAUAUGAGCUCAACACCGUUACAUACGGACUAGCACCUUCCUCGUUUCUGGCUACACGCACACUUAUCCAACUAGCAGAUGAUGAAGGGACUGAGUAUGCGCUUGCACCUGCAGCCCUGAAACGAAACUUUUACGUGGACGACUUCAUUGGUGGUGCCAAUAACGUUCGCGAAGCUGUUCAGCUGCGUAAGGAGUUAUCAGCGCUACUUGCAAAAGGUGGGUUUGAGUUGCGCAAGUGGUCCUCAAACAAUCUGAGCGUACUCUCCGGCUUAAGCACCGAGUAUAUCGGCACACACUCAUCACUGCAUUUUAUACCCAACGAGACGGUCAAAGCACUCGGCAUCUCGUGGAAGCCUGAAUCGGAUGAGCUGUGUUUUGAAUCCAACACUGAGGCUGAUGAAGCCACGUCGACCAAGCGAUCUAUUUUGUCGAGCAUUGCCAAAAUGUACGAUCCGCUCGGAUUGAUAGCACCGGUGAUCGUGCGUGCUAAGAUGCUGAUGCAGGAGCUAUGGCUACUCAAAUCCGGCUGGGAUGAACCUGUUCCUAAUCACAUCUGUAAAAAAUGGAAGGCGAUUCAGAGCGACUGGAAAAUGUUAUCCGAGUACAGGACUAACCGUUACGCUCUCUUACCAGAUGCAACAGUAGAAUUCCACACAUUUACCGAUGCUUCGGAGGCCGCCUACGGAGCAUGUGUCUACGCUCGUUGUGAAAACGCGGCGGGAGAAGUCCGCAUCAGCCUAUUAGCUUCGAAGUCUCGAGUGGCACCACUGAAGCGCGUCACGUUGCCGAGGCUUGAACUAAGCGCAGCUGUCCUGGGCGCCCAUCUGCAUCAUCGCGUCAAGGAGGCAAUGCAGAUCGUGUGCGCCGAAUCGUUUUUCUGGUCCGACUCAACAGUGACGCUAAAAUGGAUUGCGUCACCUCCCAACUCCUGGAAGACGUUCGUGGAGGCCAAGGCAAUGGAGGCACGUUCCUGGCACAUCCAAUCCUGCUGA